ACAGCCCUGCCUUCCUCCAGUAGUAUUUUCUGUGACCUGCUUAGCGGCACACCAUUUCCAAAACUACGCGAAUGGCCCAGGUCCCGUUAGCGCAGUGAGGUAAAUAAUCGGACGUCUGAAAUGGCAACGCAAUCGCACAUUAUGACACGCUUUCUGCGUUGUCACAUCUGCUCCGAAACUUUAGAGGACCCCGUGUCUCUCCGCUGCAAUCACAGCUUCUGCCAGAGCUGUCUCACUCAGUACUGGAACCAAGCGGACUGCCGAGACUGCUCAGUGUGCAAGAGAGAACUUUCGAAGGAAACUCCAGGAAUCCAUAUUUUUCUUAAGGAGCUUGCAGAUGACUUUGCAGGAAGAACACAACUUGAUAAAACCCAAAACCAAGAUGCCGUGUGCCGUAAACAUCCCAAGAUGCCAACAUGGUUGUGUCUGGAUGAAGGGAUCACAGUGUGUGAAGAGUGUCAGCAUCCACUUCAGCACGCUGGGCACAAGCUGAAACGUGUGAAAAGGGCAGUGGAGAAUGUGAGGGAGAAAUUGCGCUCCAACCUGGAGCAAAUGGAGAAGCAGCUUGACAAGUGUAUCUACGCUGAUGAAGUUUACAAGGACAUGGUGAAGCAUAUGGCGGGCCAGAGAACUGCUACUGAGAAAAAGAUACAGAAGGAGUUUGAGCAGCUUCAUCAGCUCCUGAGAGAGGAAGAGGAGGCUAGACUUACUGCAGUGAGGGAAGAAGAGGAGGAGAAGAAGAAGGUUAUUGAUCGAGAGCUGGACAUCAUUCAGGGCCAGAUACUGUCUCUAGAGAAUUCCAUUCAUCAAGUCGAAAAUUACUUAAAACAGGACGAUGUGUCAUUUCUGAAGGAUUAUAAACGUAUAACAAGCAGAGCCCAGUGCACACUGCAGGACCCACAGCUGCUCUCAGGGGCUCUGAUAGAUGAAGCCAAACACCUGGGCAACCUCAAGUUCAGAGUCUGUGCGAAAAUGCAGGAGAAGGUUAAAUACACUCCCGUGAUUCUGGACCCCAACACUGCGUCUGGCUGGGUGGUUCUGUCCGAUGACCUGACCACAGUGGGAUACAUGACACCCAAGCAGAAUCUGCCCAACAACCCGGAGCGCUUCACGGAGCACGCCAUCGUCCUGGGCUCCGAGGGCUUCACCUCGGGCAAGCACAGCUGGGAGGUGCAGGUGGGGGACAGGCUCAAGUGGGUCAUCGGCGUGGCUCGGGAGUCAGUCGACAGGAAGCAUGACUGUUUCCUCAAGCCCCUGUAUGGCCUCUGGUCCAUGUGGAAGCAGGGUGAUGAGUACCACAUCACGGGCAAGACGCUUUCGCCGCAGAGCGCUCCGCAGAGGAUCACCGUGGAGCUAGACUUCGAGAGAGGGCGUCUAUCAUUUUAUGACUCCAGCGAUAUGUCCCUCAUAUCCAAAUACACAUGCAGGUUCAAAGAGAAGAUGUUCCCGUAUUUUAACACUCAGGUGGACAUGAGUGAGAAGCCCUUACAGAUGUGUCCAAGCAAGGAGUGCCAAGCAGAAAUGAACAAUGUUUAGUACAACUGGAUCACAUCCACUUAAGUCAUAUCUGAGUCAUGCUUCCUUUGAUGAACAUUUUACACUGUUGUUGAAUUUCCAGUUAUAUAGGAGAACUGAUAUGAGUAUAGAUUUCUAUAGCUCAAGAGGAUAUUCUAAGAGAAGAAUCCCCUCCAGUAGAGGACCUUGGACCUCAUUCUCGAACAUUUUAAACUUCUAAAAUAAAUUGUUACGAACUUCGAAAGACCGACCUAAGAAAAGAUCUCCACCAGAUUCAUGAACGCCUGGAAAUGUG